AAAAUUUCCAGUAUAGCCCCUCCCGAUAUUUGGUCCUCGUGUGUGCGUAAAUGUGCGUCGUCGUGGCACAGUUGUAAGCCUGGCGUCCAAUCACACGUCCCACAGGCAUGAGUGGGCGUGCCUCAGGCGCACGAGCGAUGAUUUACUCCAGCCGUGUGGCAGAAAAGGCGCGCAGUCCUCCUUUCGGUCCUCACCACAGAAGAAGUCAGCGUUUAUUGGGAUUUAGGUGACGUAAGAAGUGGCGUUUUUACGUCAUUGGUGAGCGGAAUUCAAUUGCGGCGUGUUCCAGUUUGUCCACCGUCUUCAUGGCUCAACGUGGACCUUCCCGGACUUGCAGCUAACCAGGACUUCAACCUUUUAUUACCCGUUUUCUUCUUCUGCUGCUUCCUAUGAACUUGCCAGUGAUGACUGAGAUCAAGGAGAUGGAGAGCGACUCUCAGCUGCGGCUACACACCCAACCACUGCCAUCCAAGCUCCAGAGGCUGAAGCGCUCGCUGUCCUUCAUGCGCAGUAAGAGCGUGGAGAACUUCUUCCAAAGGUCCUACAGCGACGCCCGGCUUCCCCCGGACUUCAUCACGGACCCGCCGCCUCCCUCGCCGCCGCCGCUGCAGCUGAUGCCAGGCUCUCCUCUGGUGGGAGAGGAGCGCUCGCCGUCCCGCUCGCCCUCCGUCAGCCCUAACCCUUCCAUCUCGUCCCACUCCCCGUCUCUGAGCUUGUCCCCGUCGCUGUCCUCCAAGCCCGCCCAGGCCCAGAUCACGCACUGCUUCCAGGACCACGUCUUUCGCAAGCCCACCAACUGCCAGCUCUGCAAGAACAUGAUCGUAGGAAACUCCAAACAAGCUCUGCGAUGCAAAACGUGCAAGUUGGCGGCUCACCUGUGGUGCACCUCCGAACUUUCACAGCAGCCGUGUUAUGGAAAGUCUGGCGCCUUCAAGCGAAACUUCAGCUCGCCCAUGCUGGUCACUGACCAACUGGCCGUCGUUAAGGAAGUGCAGCCGAGUCAAGAGGCAGUGCGGGCACGAGUGGAUCCCGUGUAUGCGGCCUUGCGUUACGGGACGUCGCUCGCGCAGAUGAGCCGCUCCAGUUUCGGCAGCAUGUCGGAGUCGCCGACACGCAGCCUGGGUGAGGCAGGUGAGGAGGGGCAGGUCAGGCAGUGCAGCAUGGAAGAGGAGAUCCCUCAGGAAACAGAAGCUCCAGACUUGGCUGCCCAGGACGCUGAGUUGAAUAAGGAGGAAGACGAGAGUCAAACUGAGACACCCGUGGAGGUGGCCCCCAAACGAAUCGAGGUGCACUCAAUCCACACCUACGUGGCGCUCUACAGGUUUUUGCCUCAGGAACACAACGACCUGGAACUCCAUCCUGGAGAUCGAGUGCAGGUCACUGACGACUCAAACGAGGAGUGGUGGAAGGGCAAGAGUGGCGACAGAGUGGGUUUCUUCCCCUCCAACUUCGUGCAGAGGGUCCGCCCGGGAGAGCGAGUGUGGCGCGUCAUUCAGGGAACAUCUGGCAUCCGCGAGAGAGGACACAUGGCAGUAAAGGAAGCACAGAUCUGCGUGGGCAAGCGAGAAGACGGCGAGAUGUUUGUGAAGCUGAGCAGCGGUAAGAAGAGAGGCCUCGUCCCGGCCGAAUCCAUCGAGGAGAUCUGAGCUUCUCUCUACACUCGCAUCCUGAAACUUUGAGCCAUCGUCAUCGACCGACUCAGAAGAACUGGACCCAUCUUUGUUGACUCCUGCUGAUGACGUAGAAGAUAAAGAUUCUCCUCACUGUAAGUCUUGAACUUCUUGGGCUCCUCGAAGCAGCUGGAGGAGUGGACUAUGACUGGAUGUUUACAUUUGGGCUAAAGCUGCCACUUUAGUUUACGCUCCGUCAACCAGUGUGGGAGGAAUCCAUCACAGGAACGCCACGCUUCUGCCCCUUUCUUCUUCUUCUUUCUGCCCACUUGCUGUGUCUCAUCCAGCAUAUCUGCGUCUGUCAGGGCCUCCAUGCACGUUAGCAUCAAAGCAACGUCACAAAUGAUUGUAUUGUGGCAUUAGAAAAAAGAAGAAUCAACAGAAAACACACAUUCAACGUACAUUUCCACUCGUUUUCUGUCUCCCAUAUUGUUAAACCAAUGUGAAUGCCAAUUGGUAAAACAACAAAAAGGACAUCUAAGCAAUAUGAAAUACCUGAAAUAAAAGGAUCUUUUUUUUUGUUACCAGGCACUUUCUGUUUUACAGCAGUUUGUUUCUCUGAAGUCAUAUUCAUGCUGAAAUCUGAGAUACACUCCUGUUCAAAAUUUUAAGACCAGAUGAGAAAUUCCAAUUGAUAUUUUGCACUGUUGGAUUUGAAGGUUCUAAGUAGGGUCAUUUAUUGCAUUCAAGUGAAAUAGGCUGUUCAUCAGCUGACCAAAAGUUUGAGACCAUAGCUCAAAAAAACCCUGCAACAGUACAAAAUGUGAAUUCUUGCAAUUUUCCAACUGGUCUUAACAUUUUGAUCACUUGUGUUUAUUACUUCAAGGAACGUUUGACGUAUGUGCUUAAUCAUUGAAUACUUUGGUGUGAAGCAAAAUCUUCAAAUGUGAAUAGUGAGUAGCUAGCUCAGCUUACUUUUGACCCUUAAAGGCCACCGUACGUUGCUACAUUGCGCUCUCAAGCUAGCCUGACGUCUUUAGCAAACAUCAUUUUGCGACUAAUAACAUUAAACUAAUGUGUUUUCUAACUGGCACAACUGAUUUGUGUCCAAAAAAAAAAAAAAAGUAUUUUGCGAUAUCGGUAUAAAAGUGCAUAAAAUUUCUCAGGGUUAGAAGAUAAAUGUUAAAAAAUGAUAUUAAAAUUGAUUAUAAUGACUACUAUCGCCUGUGGUGUGAAAUUCACAAAAGGGAAUUUUAUGCAAUUUGUGUCAUGUCGCCACUUCAAUGACAGCUGCAAUUAUCUAGAAAAAUCAUUCAGUUAGCCUGCACCAAAAUGCAGGAACAACAUAACCUCCUUGCCUCUUUUGUGGUUGCGUGCAUUAAUAAAAGAGAAUUAAUGCGACUUUACUUUGCAUAAUGGCUUUCCUCUUGUCAGAGAGUCCAAUUAAAAUGCAAAGUCAUGAUAAAAAUGGGCUUUGAAUGGAGCAGGUUUGACGUCACGGAAUAACAGCAGGUGUAUGAAAGCGUCAGACACGGGCUUUACCUCCUAUUGGGAGUGUGUGCAAAGGACAUAUUUUGGCACGGGACGAAGACGGAGAUGGCGAGUGACGAGUGUGUUGAACCAUCACAGUCAGGUCAGCGUGUGCGUGUGUGUGUGUGUGUGUGUGUGUGUGUGUGUGUGUGUGUGUGUGUGUGUGUGUGUGGACCCGUGCUGCAUGACUCAUCAUUGAUCCAAAGUCCUGUCCCGCUUCCUGCUUGACUUUCUCCCUUAUCCUUUUCGUAUUGAUGUGACUCGACUGUGGAGCGAUCCUCCUUUUAUGUGUGGGGAACGUUGGCUCAGUCAUGCGGAGUGACGCCUCCACUCAAAGCAAAGGUCCUUUCAUCCGCCUUAGCUUAGCUUCGCGUUGUUCCGUGGCGAGCGCCGCCCUCUUUCCUUGUUGUUGUAGUCCAGUGAUGCGACGACAAUGUUUGGUCUUUGUUUGGCGUAGGCAACACUUUGUUUUCAUAGCAGCGUCACGCCUUCAGAAGCCAUGUUUGCAACAUGUACUGUAUGUUUUUAUGGCACACUUCAAUAAAACAUCUUUUGACGUAUGAACUCUUGCCGGUGUUUUUGUUUUCAUUGUCGAAAAGCAGGAAAGGGAGCCAAAAUAACUGA